AGAAGCGUUUAUACGGUGGUCACACCAUUGCCGGCCACAAUCAGCAGGGAAACAGCGGUCGAAAUGCUGCAUUCGCACAGCGAGAUGAUUGAAUUAAAUCCUCUGGUCAUCAAUCACCAGCGAUGCAAACCACCUCCCAAUGCACUUCCGGACGAGUUUCACUGUCUCUGGUACGAGCUCACAGACCGUGUCACGUAUCUGCCAGGUGUCAAGGGCCAAGUCAACUACAAAGCCUGUUUUCACGAUUUGCCGCGCGGGCUUCAAACCCACGUAUAUGCUCCUGCUGGCCUCGAAAUCAAGGAGAAAUGGUCAAUUGGGGGAAAUGAUGUGGUCAUGGGCGAGGAAAGAGAGCAUCAGGAGCUCGGUUUCAGUGAUCUUGGUGUACCUCGUGAAGGACUGUACCUGCGGGAGGACGUCGAUAUGAACUGCAACGUCUUUCUGACCAAUUUUGUCAAAAAGACCCUGAACAAAGCCCAUCAAGUCCUCGUGGAUCGAUUGGUCGUUAAGGCAGAUCUAGCGGACGACAAGAAAUACAGGGAGGGCGUUCGUCGCGGCUCAGUUCUCAUGGGUGCCAGUGGAGCCACCGGCCUUGGUCUCACAGUCACUUCACCAACAAUAACCUCUCCA